AUGGUCAGCGAAGAAACCAGCACUCCAUAUCAAAACAUGUUCUGCGUCCACUGCAAGGUCAUAGACCUGUCUCGAAAAUCAUUCGAAGAGAGCACGAACAGUACAGGAAUCGGAAUCCAGCACCUUUUUCUCGGACGUCACUCGACCAUCCAAGCUCGAGCAGAAACUGGGUGUCCAACUUGCAAAUCGAUCCUCGCAUGUUGUGACUUCAACACAUCUAUCGUAGUUGAGAAUGUCAAAGACAGAUGCGGAUUGCGCGGCGACUACGGCGUCAGUAUUCAUAUCGAAAAUGUGCAGCCGCGUCUCUACGUCGUGCUCGGUGACCCACCUGGUCUCGAAGCGAUAAAUCAAGACCCUACUCAAAGGCGAGCCAACUUCAUGCGCUAUUGUGGCUUUCACAUCUUUUCGACUACAAAUAUCAAGGAAUCAGAGGAUCGAGGAAGGCUUUUUGAUCCUGGCUUUGUUGAUAAGGAGUUGAUCAAAUCGUGGAUGACGAGGUGCGACUGUUCUCAUGGAUUAGAAUGUCGAGGCGACGAUGUCAUGUUGCAGAAUUUGAUAAGCUAUCCUCGCCCCUCGCUUAGCUUUAUUGACGUCGAGACUCAAUGUAUUGUUAUUCCCAACAUAGAGGUCCAGUAUGUUGCUCUUAGUUAUGUGUGGGGUCAAGUCCCUAGCAUAAUGGCCCUGAAAGAGAAUAUUGCCCAGCUGAGGGAGCCAGGAAGUCUCUCGUUGCGAUCGCGGAACAUUGUUCCCCAAACGAUUAGAGAUUCCAUGACGCUAUGCUCGCUUAUCAAUCAACGAUACCUUUGGGUUGAUCGACUCUGUAUCGUACAAGAUGAUCUAGAGAAUAAAAUGGCUAGUAUAGAUGCCAUGGCCUGGAUUUAUGCCCAAGCUACACUGACUAUUGUCGCCGCACAAGGGACUGAUGCAGACUUUGGGCUUCCCGGAAUUGGUGGAAAGCAUAUUGAAGCGCGAGAAAAACACAUACUUCCCUUUUUCUCAGGUCCGAUGCUGAAAGGGUCUCUGUGGUUACACAGAACAGACCAAUUAGAGAGAACGCCAUGGGUAUGUAUUCUUCUAAGUUGAUCCUUCCGCUCUCAUGUUCAGGUGGUUGAGACUGUAUUUACUCCCGAGGCAAGGUUUCUUCCUCCACGAUCUCUGCUAAUUACCCCGUUUUGAAAGUGGGUAAUGUAAUACUAACUCCAUCUUCAACAGUCAAAAAGAGGCUGGACGUUGCAGGAAAAUCUUUUCUCAAGGCGGCUGUUGAUAAUGGACGAUAUAAUAACAUGGAGAUGUCGCUCAGCAACCUGGAUAGAAGGACUAGAAUGCUUCGAUGAGCGACAGCAGAUCGAGCGAGUCCCGUUACUUUCCACGGUCGAACCCAAAAAAGGCCAUCGAGAAACCAAACUGUCGGUGCCAAGCUGGCCUUCGCUUCUCGAUUUCGGCACUAUAGUUCAGGCUUUCAAUACUCGGACACUGACGUUCGAUUCUGAUACACUCAACGCUUUUGCUGGAACCAUGAAAGCAAUGACUCCGUCUUUUCCUUCAGGGUUCUAUGCUGGACUUCCAGAAUUUUACUUUGAUAUUGCUCUACUCUGGCAGGCACACCGGGGUCUUCGUUCUCGUUUCACAACUCAGGUUGGGAAAGAAGGCAAUCAGUUUCCGAGUUGGUCCUGGGCUGGGUGGAUGGGAAGUCUGAGACUCGAUACCUGGUAUUCUUGCUUCGACGCGGAGGUAAAGAGUGACAAAUCUGUCAUCAAGGUUUCAAAUUUGGUAGAAUGGUUCAAAGAUUCAUCUUACACAGAAAAGAUCGAUAACUCAUACCACGUCUCAAGGGAUAAAUUCCAGAACGCAUCACCCGACAUGGCCUUACCACCUGGUUGGAAAUAUCAUACAGAGGAAGAAACCAAGACAGUUUAUUAUACAAACCCAUCUCUGUCGCAAACCAAAAGAUUCAACUAUCCAAUCUACACAGAGAAACAACCUCCGUUAUCACCAAAGGCCCCCAAUCUAAGCUGCCAGUUCCUAUAUUUCAAAACUUCACGCGCAUACUUCACCUUCCUCUCAGCUUCAAAAACAGACCCUCCUUCUCGACUCCGCGAAGUGAAGGAUCCGAAAUCGAGGGAAGUUAACUAUGUCCAAGAUCUCACAAUCAUCAAUCCCAAUACUUCGGAAUGGGCCGGUCAAAUCCGCAUCACUCCUUCAGCGAAGGAAUAUCCCGAGCCACUGAGAAGAUAUGAGAACUGUGAGCUGAUUGUGAUUUCGAAAGGAGAGACAUCGAUUGUAGGGAAAGAUAUGGAGAGACAUUCUUUCCAGGAAGUUUCGGAUCAGAAGAUAAGAGAGAUUAUCAUGGGGAACAGGAAAGCGGAGAGUGUUGAGAAAGCAGAGGACAAUUAUACAUUUUACUUUGUACUAUGGAUUGUAAGGGACGCGGAUGGGAUUGCUUAUCGCAAAGGGUUAGGAAGGGUGUGGGAAAAGGCUUGGGAGGACGGAAAUGAGGCUGUGGAAAUUGAGGUUGUCUUGGGGUAGUGAUUAACUCUGAACUCAAUAGAUGGAUUUACCAUGAUUUGACAUCAGU